AUGUCUUCAUCAUACGAGCUUUAUCGCUACACCCCGUCUUUGGCGGCAGCAAUUCUCUUCACAGUUUUGUUCAUCUUCAUAACAGCCUACCAUGUCUACCAAAUGGCCCAAGCGCGAGCCUGGUAUUUUACCUGCUUUGUGCUGGGCGGAAUAUUCCAAAUCAUUGGAUACAUUACGCGUGCAUUAGCACAUAGCAACACCCAAAGCGUAACCAUAUACGCUGUGCAAGAUAUCCUAAUCUUACUCGCACCACCUCUCUACGCUGCGACGAUCUACAUGACACUUGGACGGCUGAUUACUUUCCUCGACGCGGAAAGACUGAGCCUUGUCCCAAUCAGAUGGCUUACGGCAGUCUUCGUGACCGGAGAUGUACUGUCUUUUCUCCUGCAAGGAGCUGGCGGCGGCAUCAUGUCCAGCGGCAGUCUCAGCGGAAUGACCACCGGCGAAAACGUAAUCAUGGGCGGACUAGCCGUCCAGCUCAUCUUCUUCAGUGUUUUUGUGAUAGUUGCGACACUUUUCCACUAUCGCAUCCAUCAAAACCCUACAGAAAAGUCAAUAUCUACGUGCAUUGCACGCAGUGGUUGGCGCACCCCCAAUUGGGAGACGACUAUGGUAGGAUUAUAUAUCGCCAGUAUUCUUAUUUUGAUACGGUCGGUUUUUCGGAUGAUUGAGUAUGCUGGCGGGAAUGAUGGAUAUCUGAUAAGCCAUGAGGCUUUCAGUUAUGUCUUUGAUGCGAUGUUGAUGUUCUUUGCGAUGAUUGUGAUUAGCGUGCUUCAUCCGUCCAAAGUUUUGGGUUCGGGCAAGGCGGAGAAGGUGGAUAAGAGGGAGAGUGUGCAGUUGCAGAGAUUAUAUUCUAGUUGA